AUGUUCCUUCUUAUCGUUGUCGCCGCCAGCAGUUCGUUGGUGCUGCUUCUCUAUAAAUUCCUGAUUGUUCCAUACUUCCUGUCACCUCUUUCGAAGAUCCCCAAUGCGCAUUUCACCGCUCCUAUCUCAGAUUACUGGAUUGAAAGAAAGCGGCGAUCUGGGAAGGAGGUUCUGACCAUCUACAACCUUCAUCGCAAGCAUGGGUCUGUCGUGCGCCUGGGACCCAAUGAGCUGAGCGUCAAUUCACUCCGAGGGCUUCAUACCAUCUAUACCAGUGCCUUCGAGAAACAUUUCUUCUACCGCGAUGCUUUUGUCAAUUUUCUUACGGAUAAUCUUGUGGGCAUGUUACCCAACGAUUCUCAUGCGCGACAGAAGCGCAUGCUGAGCAAGAUCUACUCCAAGUCAUAUCUGCGGGAGUCGGUGGAUCUGCGCAAUAUUUCGCCAAUCAUUCUUUGGCAGAGGCUUCUCCCUAUUCUGCAAGAAAUUGCAGAGAAAGGAGAGGCGAUCAACGUCUUGCCGCUGUUUCAGGCCGUGGGGAUGGAUUUUACCUCUGCGUAUCUGUUUGGCACGGCCAAUAGCACGACUUUUCUUUUCGAUCUUCCAGGAUGGGAAAAAUGGCUGGUGGAGUACGAAAGAUUCAAGUACUUGAGCUUGAAACAGCGGUAUAUGGGCUUCAUCGAAAGCUGGUGUUUGUCUCUCUGCCGCAGAGUGAAAUGCAACGAGCAUCCUAAUGAAGUGCCGGUGGCCACAAAUGCGGUCGUGUACAGCCAGCUCCGCCAGGGUCUGGAGAAGCAUCCAGAUCAGCGGCCUCUAGAGUUGUCAAUUGCAUCAGAACUUCUCGAUCAUCUCGUUGCUGGACACGAGACCACAGGAAUCACCUUCGUGUAUAUGAUGUGGGAGCUCUCUCAGCGGCCCCGGCUGCAAGCUGAACUUCGUCAAGAACUGCUCACGUUAACGCCACCUUUGAGACAUUCAUUUCUGGAGUCGAGUAAUGAGGGCCUCCCAAUUCUACCAUCACCAGCCGCUAUAGACUCUCUCUCUUUACUGGAUGCCAUUGUCAGAGAAACACUUCGAUUGCACUCGCCUGCGCCUGCCCCGUUACCAAGAGUCACCCCUUUCUCACCAGAAGGUAUAGCAAUUGAAGGAUACGAUCGCAUCCCCGGGGGAGUCAAAGUUAGUUCAUCCGCAUAUACUCUGCACCGUAUUAGCGAGGUUUACCCUCAGCCUUUCGAGUGGCUGCCAGAGCGCUGGCUAGGACCAGGCCCUGGAAAAAUUCACGAUAUGCGGAGACUCUUUUGGCCGUUUGGAAGUGGCGGAAGAAUGUGUCUGGGUAGUAAUUUUGCUUUGCAAGGUACAGAUCCCGUUCCUCUCUCUGCCCUUUCCUUGCAGCAAAGUCGUGAAUGCAAGGCUGACUGA